AUGAAGAUCCAGAUUGUGCUGUGCGUUGUGUUGGCCGUUCUUGGCUGCAUCGUGUCGGGCGCGGAGGAAACGGCACCGGACCGUAGCAAGCGCCACGAUUAUCUGGGCUUCGGAGGUGGAUACGGAGGAUACGGUCACGGUUAUCCGGGCUUCGGAUAUGGCGGACAUGGACACGGAUAUCCGGGCAUCGGCGGAGGCUAUGGACUGUACGGUGGUCACGGAUACGGAGGUUAUGGCGGCCAUGGAUUUGGACAUGGUCACGGUUACGGCGGACAUGGCUAUGGAGGUUAUGGAGGAUACGGACACGGUCACGGUCACGGUGGUUAUCCUGGUUUCGGUGGUGGAUUCUUCGGCUAA